AUGUUCCGCACACUCACCACCCUCACCCUCCUCCUCGCCUCCUCCCUCGCCGCUCCAACAAACACCCCCACACACCACACUUCGGACCUCCAAUGCCGCUGCCUCACCUUCUCCACCAGCACCGCACCAACCCACUGCCCCUAUCAAGAGCUCCUAACCUUAGACUGGGACGCCGCCCUCUCCCUCGCCACCGCGAACGACCUCAAACUCCAGUUCGCCAGUUCCGCCACAAUCGCCAAAGUCCUCGCCAUCCCCACCCCUUUAGACCCCAGUAUCCUGGAUGCCGUCCACCAGGGCAAGACGCUCCCGCUCGACCCGGCCGAGCAGGUACGCAGUGAGAAUCGCAUGAUUUGCGGGUUUGAAGAUGAUGUUGAGAGGGUGGAGCGCUGGGAGGAUGGCGUGGGUAUGAUGGGGGCUGAGGUGCAUUAUGUGGGCACGGUGCUGGGGUUGUUCAUGGUAUUCUUUGUCGCUUAUCUUGUUGCCGAGUAUCUUUGGACUGUGUGCUUUACGAGGACACGCGGCAUUCGACUCGAGGGAGAAGAGAAGGCGUUGACGGUCGAGUGCGAUGGAUUGAUGCCCGAGCAGAGGUGA